GGUGAUGAAUAUUCAUCAGCCAAGCCAGCCUCUGCUACUGUUUACUUAGCCGGGAAGGGCUGGGUUUCAGGUUCACCUUGACUCCUGGAGCUGCAGCGCCGCUGAGCAGGUACCCGCUCCUGCACCUGUUUCUCUCUCACCUGCUGCACAGCUGCUCCUACUCAGCUCUCCUGGCCUGAGCCUUGCCUGGCGUGGCACCCCGGAGGCACCCCUACCUCCCUCAGCCUCCCUCGGGGCAGCUCCUCCACUCAGCUCCUUCUCUAGGGAAGCUCUCGCCUCCAGCCCGGAGCGGUCGGGAUCACAGAAAGCCCCACCCUCGGGUCUGAGAGCACCAUGACCGAAGUUGGUUGGUGGAAGCUGACUUUCCUCCGGAAAAAGAAAUCCACUCCCAAGGUGCUGUAUGAGAUCCCUGACACCUACACCCAAACUGAGGGCGGCGCAGAGCCCCCAAGGCCUGACGGCGGGGGCCCCAACAGCAACUUUAACACCCGCCUGGAGAAGAUUGUGGACAAGAACACGAAGGGCAAGCACGUCAAAGUCUCCAAUUCGGGCCGCUUCAAGGAGAAGAAAAAAGUCCGAGCUACGCUGGCAGAGAACCCCAACCUCUUUGAUGACAGGGAGGGCAAAGGACAGUGAAGGCGGCCAAGGAGGACGCUAGCACCUCCCCACUCCCUGCCAUCAGCCGGAUCUGGGACGGGAGCUCGCCACGCUGGCCUCUUUGGCCACAGCUGAAGCCUCGACGGCAGUCGAUGCCUGCUGGCAGGAAACGUCUGGUUUCAGGUUUGUAUUUAUGUGCUCCAGCUUUCUGGAAGGCCUGAGAGAUCCCAGGUCCUCCCGCCCUCCCCCACCACACACAAAGGCACUCCAGUUCAAGGAUGAAAAGUCCCACUCAGGAAGGACAGCCCUCCUCGAAGAGGUGGAAGCACCAGAAGGGAGGUGGGCGUGGAAGGAAUGGAACAGGGAGCUGGACAGACCUCACCCCCUCCUGGGACACAGGGUCAAGGGUGAGUUUGCAUUGCUGCUCCCUCUACUUUCUCUACCUGUGAUUAUUCUCUGGAUCGAUUCUGAGAGUGCGUUUUCCGGAAGCCACGUGCUGCGGGGUGGCUUCCUGGAGCUGCUGCGGAGAUGCUGAACUUGAGCUCACCUCCUAACUCAGGUGGGAAACUUCCUGGAACUUUGCCCCCAGGUGCAGGGGGAGGGCAACCCUGGCGCUCCCUAGGGGGUGCUGCAGAAGGCCAGAUUAGGGACCCCAUGGGUUCCUGCACAAACCCUCAAAGGAAAGCUACACUGCCCCGCGGGUCCAAACUCAGAAAGGGGGUGGGAGGCUCUGACAGGAGCCCUCCUCCCCCUACUAGUAUUUAAGAUGGAUCAGCCUCAGAGGUGAGUCCUGCAGCCUUGAAUUUUGUUUAAAAAAAUCCUUGUAGGUUUCUCUUUUUGUAAUAAACAAUGCUGCAGAAGCAGAGAACC